CCGCGGCGCAGUAACUAGCACCCUUAGAAAGCGGUAUUUUAAAAUGGAAAUCAGUUCCACUCCUGGGAAAUUCUUCUCCGACAAUGAUAGAGUACAAUGCUCCGAUGGAUACAUUUUAGAAUUUAUACAAUCCAUCAGCCAAAAUGAUAUAAACAAUGCGCUCUUCGAGGAGACCUUAAGCUGCUUUACUGUGAAUGGAACGGUCAUUGGAUCAUAUGAAUGCAACAUAGAGUUUGGCUCUUGGGAUCUUUGGAACGGCGAUCUAUUGCAUAUAAACGGAAGCAGUAAUAUUAUAAGUGAGGGAACGCGUUAUGCUGUUACGUUGGAUGCAUACAUUACCAAAAGCUGUGAUACAAUAUUGCAGAAACUGAAAGAAGAAAUCAGUUUUAAACAGAGUGUGAUUCUCAAGGAGAGUGUAUUAAGGAAGACAGUUAGUGGAUAUGAGGUUCACAGAGAAAUAACCGAGGAUGGAGUUAAAACUAGUGAAGUUUUUUACUACACUGUGGGCUGCCUUGCUGAUUUUCAUUCUGAGGCAGCAAACAUCUUACUGCUGAGGUUAUUAGCACGAAAAGGUUUCAACGGCCGUUUUGAGACACGUGGUCUAGAUGCCGAAUGUUUUCCUUGCAUGAUCUCGUACACAGAACUAGACGACCUAACCUUGUCGGUAGGGGGUAAGGAGGUCACUGUUUUUGGGAUCGAACGAAACAUACACGCUGUUAAAGGCAUACCAUUCUCCUGGCAGUAUUACCUUCUGAAAGAUGGACACCUGAUCCUGCGACUCCAAGUUGGAUCCCCAAUAACAGUGAAGGCGACCGAACUUCCGCGUGGACAAAAAGAAGAUGAGUUUUUACCGGAACCGGAAAUUCAAAAGACCGCAUUCGACUGGCAAGAUGAUAUGGAACUCUAUUCUCGUUACCUGAGUCGCAAGGAAGCCAUAAAGGCUGAUUACCUGCUUUACCUCCGCAAUAAUCCACUGGUGAAGGACAUGCUGGCUGAUUUCCUACAGGCGGUUCUGAUGCACAAACCGGAGAAUGUGGUUGAAUUCGCAGUGGAGCACUUUAAGAGUUUCGCCUCGUUCGACCUACCUGCGCACUAACUCCUGGGCACCAAACAGCGGCUCUUCAUAACCAAGGUGCAAACGAACGUUUCAACUUGUCGGAUGUCAAAUAAUACUCUCCCCAUAGUAACUAUAAAAUCCGUCAACCAUUGG